UACGCAACUGGGGAAUCUAGCGGGGACACGUUAUCUGUUUUAGAAAUUUGGUCAGAAGGAUAGGUAUUCGUUGGCGAGCGUUGAGGAGCGAAGUUUCCAAGGAGAAAGAAUGGAGAGGUUAUAAAAGGAAGAGCAUGAGACCAGGUUCUCAAGGAAGCAUUUGAUCUUUGCUCUCUUUGCUGCUGCUAGUUAUUUGAUUUGGUGUGGGUAAAUAAUUUGCGAUCGCCAUGGCCACCUUGGGAGGAGUUCAUGAUGCAAAGGAGAUCCAGAACAGCGUCGAGAUCGAAGAGCUUGCUCGCUUCGCCGUCGAAGAGCACAACAAGAAGGCGAAUACUCUGCUUGAGUUUGGUCGAGUAGUUAAGGUGAAAGAGCAAGUUGUAUCUGGAAUUAUUUACUACAUAACUAUUGAGGCAAGUGAUGGAGGGAAGAAAAAGCUAUAUGAGGCUAAGGUCUGGGUCAAACCCUGGAUGAAGUUUAAGGAGCUUCAGGAGUUUAUUCCAUUAGGUGACUGCUCUUCGGAGAAUGAAACUCCCAAAGAUGGGCAUGAAGCGGGAUGGCUCAUGGUGCCAACGCAUGACCCUAUCAUACAAGAUGCAGCAGUUCAUGCUGUAAAAUCCAUCCAACAAAUGUCUAACUCUCUUAUCCCCUAUGAACUACUUGAGGUCCUUUCUGCAAAAGCCAAGAAGACUGAAAAUUCUGCCAAGUUUGAUCUGCUGCUUAAAGUUAAGAGAGGACAGAAGGUAGAGGAGUUCAUGGUGGAAGUGGAUGAGACUAUGCAAGGAACCUUUCAUCUGAAUCAGAUGAGGCAGCAGGAUUCAGACUCUGGUGCUUACUAAGAUAUAUGUGUAUGAUGGCCCAAUAAAACGUUUUACAUUGUUCUAUAAGACCUAUCCAAAUCCCCUGCUAUAUAUAAAAGGGGCGGAUGCUAAUAUUCUGUUUGUAAUUCAUGUAUUGUUAAUAAUGCUAUUAUCCUCAUUAUUUUCUUUUUCUAAGCAGUUUUAAAGGAAAAUGGCAUGCUGUUUUCUUUAUAAAAAAAAA